AACGAAAAAGUUUAUUUAACGGAUGUAUCGCGUUCGUUUGGUUUUGUCACAAACCUGAGUUUUUAACAAGAAAAUCAGUGUACAUACAUACAUGUAUACACAUACACAAAGUUGAAGGAAAGAAGUUUAUUUAAUUAAUUUGGCUAUGGGAAAUUUUACUCCUGCAACGGAAAUUUUCAUGCACGAAAAGUUAAUAAAUAUCAAUUCAGUGUAUUAGUACAUCAUAUAUCACAUCAUAAAUCGAGUUGAAAUGUACAAUCCAUUGGAAGUGCAAAGCCGUCAAAUAUACUUAGCCUGAGAUUUUUUUACGACAUCGACGACCACUACGACUACUACUUUGUGGUGUGUGACUCCUGAUGUGCGUACACCAAAUUAACGAGAAGGCAGAGUCAGGCACAGCGGCGCUCACACAAAUGGGUAGAAACCCGAAAAUGGAAAAAGUGUGAAGUGAAAGGUGCAAAAUUUUUGUGAAAAAUGCUAUGUGUUACUACAAAUAUUCAGCUCUGCAUAAAUAACGGUUCGUGAAAAAUGAAAAACCAAUUGUAAAAGUGUGAAUUGUUAGUGAAUUUUUAAGAAAAAGCAAAAUGUAUAUAUUCGGCCGAAAUUGUGUUUGGUGCGUGUGAAAAAAUUUGGAGUACAUAUUUGGAGGAAAAAGGAUAUUUGGCGUAGCAUAAAUCGGAGAACAAAUGCACCUUUACUGCUGGCACUGAGACUGAGGCUGAGGCUCAAGCUGGGGAUUAUAAAGGAGGAAGAAGCAGCACAACUAACUAAAACAGCUGCCGCAUAGCAAACUGCAAUAACGCAUACUGGGCAAAUGAACAGUGAAAUCCACAACAGCAAUAGCAACAAUAACAAGGAGCAUAGCAGCAGCAGCAGCAACAAGAACAGCAACAGCGCGCGUGCAUUUAUUAUUAUCUGCUCGCAUUGAAUUACAAUACAAAUGUACAUCCGCUACCUACAGGUCGGCAAUCUGUAGCUUUAUAGUGUGCGCAGCACGUCGACCUUUUUCCUUUCAUUUCGCUCAUUUUGGAAAAGUGUAUUCCUUUGCUUUAUAAUACAAAUACUUUGCGAACCAAAGUGGUUGGUUGUUGCUUGUCUUUUGCGCCUACCGCCGACGGCGAGGAAAUUAUCAACCACCACCAAAUGCAGCAGCUAUCCAACUUAGUGUGUUGGUGUUGGUGUUUUUUUUUGGUGCACAUCAAUAACAUCAAUUGUGUGUUUGCGUUUCGGCGUUCGUAACGCUUUUGUGGCAGUGUUCAUUGCGUUCCAACGCAGCAAGGACGGACGGCACGUAUCGCAAACCAGUGGUUAGCGGUGCGGAUCGCGCGACAAAAAUAAUGUUGUUUAACGACGAAAAAAAUGGCACAAAAGCAUACAGUAAAUAAGAAAAAAACACAAAGAAGCGCAAAAUAAAUAAUUAGGAAACAAAAGCACGAAAUAAAAAAAAUAAAAAAAGUAAGUAACGAAAAACGAAAAUUGCUCGCGCGUGAGAAUGUGAAAAUGGCACAACUGUUUCGUUGUGGCCAGCAACAAGAAAAAAAAUCCAAAACAAUUGCUCGCGUGAAAAUAACGAGAACAUUUCCACAUGCGGAAAUUAUGUGAUUAAUUUUAAAAAGAAAAAAUGUGCUAAGCUACUAUUUGAAACAAAAAAAAACGAAAUAAUAAGAAUAAAAUGUGCGGGAAAAAGUUUAGUUCCAAAUUUAAUAAAUAAAAACGGGCUCGACGCCGCAGCUUGCCGCAAAAUAAAAACCAAAGCCACAAACCUUGCCUGCACAAGGAAUUGAAUUGAACGUUUAACAAAAGCAAAAAAUAUCACACACACACACUCAAAAAAAAAAGCAAAGUAAAAUAAACGCUCUGUAGCAUUCACCUGAAUUAACGCAACAACAAAAAGUAAAAAAUAAAAAAAAAGAAGAAUUACACAUUAAAAAUCAUUACACCACACCAAUAAGCAAGCGCCCCACACACGCACACGCACACAUUCCCUCGCGCUAUUUUAAUGUGCGGAAAUGACGCACCUGCAACCCCAACGUCGCUUCUACUCCCCAAUGCGAUUUAAAGGAGGUGGUGGUGGUGGCAGCAUAAGCGCAGCAAGUGUCAGAUAUACUCAAGCAGAUGGCAGCAACAGUGAAAGUGCAGCUGACGGUGUAGAAACAGUGUUUAACACUGACGCUCGCACUGCGGCUGUUGCGCUCGAUUGUUGUAGUGGCGGUGGUGGUGGUGGUGUUGUAAGUGCGGCGCACUGCCAAACUCCCCAAACAUCCCACCAAACAACCAACGCAUGUUCAACUCACACACGCGCCAGCAUUCGCCCCAACCUCAGCGCACUCAUUCCACCCAUUCCUCAACGUCGCCUCUGUUGGCUCUUUUGUAUACAUUUUCUCCUUCUCCUGCUGCUGCUUGCCUGCGGUGAUUUUCUUCAGGUUGCCGCCGAACCAUAUGGUGGCUCUUCGGUGGGCAUUCACAUACCCGGCGGCAGUUUGGGCGUGAUCAGUGAAUCACGUUGUCCGCGUGUGUGUUCAUGUAAUGGCCUAACUGUGGAUUGUUCGCAUCGAGGUUUAACUCAAGUGCCGAGGAAAAUAUCAGCGGAUGUGGAGAGACUCGAUUUGCAAGGCAAUAAUAUUACUGUCAUUUUCGAAUCUGACUUUCAACGUUUAACGAAACUACGAAUACUCCAACUAACGGAUAACCAAGUACACACAAUUGAAAAGGGCGCUUUCCAGGAUCUGGUGUCACUGGAGCGACUGCGCCUUAACAACAAUCUGCUAAAGGCGAUACCUGAAAAUCUAGUGUCAAGUUCAGCGAGUCUUUUGCGAUUGGACAUCUCGCACAAUAUCAUUACGACAGUGGGACGACGCGUCUUCAAGGGCGCACAAUCCUUGCGCAGUUUGCAGUUGGACAAUAAUCAAAUCACUUGUAUGGAUGAGCAUGCGUUUAAGGGCCUUAUAGACUUGGAAAUUCUUACUCUAAACAACAACAAUUUGACUUCGCUUCCACAUAAUGCCUUCAACGGCUUGAAUCGACUGCGUGCUCUACGCCUAUCCGAUAAUCCCUUCUCAUGUGACUGUCAUUUAUCGUGGCUUUCGCGCUUCUUGCGUAGCGCACCCAGACUUGCGCCAUAUACACGCUGCCAGUCGCCGUCUCAGCUGAAGGGUCAAAAUGUGGCAGAUCUGCAUGAUCAGGAAUUCAAGUGCUCAGGUCUCACCGAGAAUGCGCCAAUGGAAUGUGGCAUGGAGAAUAGCUGCCCACAUCCGUGCCGUUGUGCCGAUGGCAUAGUCGAUUGUCGCGAGAAAAGUCUCACUAGUGUACCUGUGUCGCUGCCAGAUGAUACGACGGAACUCCGCUUGGAGCAGAAUUUCAUUACUGAAUUGCCGCCAAAAGCAUUUGCAAACUUCCGUCGCCUGCGUCGCAUUGAUCUGUCGAACAAUAACAUUUCGCGUAUUGCCCACGACGCUUUGGCUGGCCUAAAAGCGCUCACCACACUCGUGCUCUAUGGCAAUAAAAUAAAGGAUUUGCCCUCAGGCGUAUUUAAAGGACUUACAUCGCUGCAACUUCUCCUGUUGAAUGCCAAUGAAAUCUCCUGCAUACGCAAGGAUGCCUUUCGCGAUCUGCACAGUCUCAGCCUGCUUUCGCUCUACGAUAACAACAUUCAAUCGCUGGCUAAUGGCACCUUCGAUGCGAUGAAGAGCAUACAAACACUGCAUCUGGCAAAGAAUCCCUUCAUUUGUGACUGCAAUCUUCGCUGGCUGGCUGAUUACUUGCACAAAAACCCCAUCGAGACAAGUGGCGCACGCUGCGAAGCCCCAAAGCGAAUGCAUCGACGACGCAUUGAGUCGUUGCGUGAGGAGAAAUUCAAAUGCUCUUGGGACGAUAUGCGUAUUAAAUUGUCGAGCGAAUGUCGCGCUGAUGUCGAUUGCCCGGCAAUGUGUCAAUGCGAUGGCACUUCAAUUGAUUGCUCAGGUCGUGGCCUCAAAGAAAUUCCACGCGAUAUACCGCUACACACAACUGAACUCCUUUUGAACGACAAUGAGCUGGGGCGCAUCAAAUCGGAUGGUCUCUUUGGACGUCUGCCACAUCUGGUUAAACUCGAUUUGCGACGCAAUCACAUAACCGGCAUUGAACCGAAUGCAUUUGAGGGUGCAAAUCGUAUACAGGAAAUGAUUUUGGCAGAAAAUAAAAUUAGAGAGGUUUCGAAUAAAAUGUUUUUGGGAUUGCAUCAAUUGAAGACACUGAAUCUUUACAACAAUCAAAUUUCUUGUGUGAUGCCCGGUUCGUUUGAAUUCCUGUCAUCGCUCACCUCACUAAACUUGGCUGCCAAUCCAUUCAAUUGCAACUGUCAUUUGGCCUGGUUUUCCGAGUGGCUACGAAAGAAGGGUUUGGUCGGCGGUGCGGCACGUUGUGCUGCCCCAUCGAAAGUACGUGAUAUGCAAAUUAAGGAUCUGCCACAUAACGAGUUCAAAUGUACAUCCGACAACAAUGAAGGCUGUUUGGGCGAUGGCUAUUGUCCGCCCGCCUGCACUUGCACCGGCACCGUAGUACGUUGUUCGCGCAAUCAAUUAAAAGAGAUACCACGUGGCAUACCGGCGGAAACGUCAGAAUUAUAUCUAGAAUCGAAUGAAAUAACAAUGAUACAUUUGGAUCGGAUACGACAUUUGAAAUCCUUGACGAGAUUGGAUUUGAGCAACAAUCAAAUCACGUUCCUCUCUAAUUACACCUUUGCCAACCUGACGAACCUGUCAACGCUCAUCAUAUCCUACAACAAUUUGCAAUGUCUACAACGUUACGCCCUAGCUGGCUUACAGAAUCUGCGCGUACUCUCACUGCAUGGCAAUCGUAUAUCGAUGCUACCGGAGGGUACAUUUGAAGACAUGAAAUCACUAACACACAUUGCCCUAGGCAGCAAUCCACUUUACUGCGAUUGCGCACUCAAAUGGUUCUCGGAUUGGAUCAAACUGGACUAUGUAGAGCCGGGUAUAGCGCGUUGCGCCGAACCCGAUUAUAUGAAGGACAAAUUGAUACUCUCAACACCCUCACACAACUUUGUAUGCAAAAGCAAAGUUAGCAAUGAGAUUAUGGCUAAAUGUGACGCCUGUUAUACGCAUCCUUGUGAAAAUAAGGCGCAAUGCAUACCGCUGCCACAACGCGACUACCAAUGCCUCUGCCAGCCGGGCUAUCACGGCAAGCAUUGCGAAUUCAUGAUCGAUGCCUGCUAUGGCAAUCCUUGCCGUAACAACGCCACCUGCACUGUGCUCGAGGAGGGACGUUUCAGCUGCCAGUGUGCGCCUGGCUACACAGGAGCGCGUUGUGAAACGAACAUUGACGAUUGCUUGGGUGAGACUAAAUGCCAAAAUAAUGCCACCUGUGUGGAUGGCGUAGAAUCGUACACGUGUGAAUGUCAGCCGGGGUUUACAGGUCAAUACUGCGACACAAAGAUCAACUUUUGCAGUGAUGAAUUUAAUCCUUGCGCAAACGGCGCCAAAUGUCACGAUCACUUUACACACUACACUUGCGAGUGCAUGGCCGGCUUCCACGGCAUUAAUUGCACGCAAAACAUUGACGAUUGCCAGAAUCACAUAUGCCAAAAUGGCGGUACCUGCAUAGAUGGCAUCAAUGAUUAUGUGUGCAAAUGUCCAGAUGAUUUCACGGGCAAAUAUUGUGAGGGCCACAAUAUGGUCUCGAUGAUGUAUCCACAGACAUCACCUUGUCAAAAUCAUGAAUGCAAACAUGGCGUUUGCUUCCAGCCCAAUCCGUCUGGCUCGGAUUACUUGUGUAAAUGUCAUCCGGGCUACACGGGCAAGUGGUGCGAGUACUUGACGAGCAUUAGCUUUGUGCAUAACAAUUCCUUUGUGGAAAUGGAGCCAUUACGUACCAAACCAGAUGCCAAUGUAACGAUCGUAUUUAGUAGUUCAGAGCAAAAUGGCAUACUUAUGUAUGACGGUCAGGAUGCGCAUAUAGCUGUCGAGCUUUUCAAUGGACGCAUACGUGUAAGCUAUGACGUGGGCAAUUACCCGGUUUCCACAAUGUAUAGCUUCGAAAUGGUUGCCGAUGGUAAAUAUCACUGUGUAGAACUGUUGGCUAUUAAGAAGAAUUUUACGCUGCGCGUCGAUCGCGGUCUUGCAAGAUCGAUCAUAAAUGAAGGCUCCAAUGAUUUUCUCAAAUUGACCACACCAAUGUUUUUGGGCGGCUUGCCGCCGGAACCGGGCCAGCAAGCGUAUAAGAAUUGGCAAAUACGUAACUUGACCAGCUUCAAGGGCUGCAUGAAGGAGGUGUGGAUAAAUCACAAGCUGGUUGACUUCGAGAAUGCGGCAAGGCAGCAGAAAAUCACACCUGGUUGUGCAUUGGUCGACGGUGAAGCUGUGGAGGAUGAUGAGCAAGAUUUUAUGGAUGAAACGCCGCACAUUAAAGAGGUGGAUCCUUGUGAAAAUCACAAAUGUCGCCGUGGCAGCCGCUGUGUUCCUAAUUCCACUUACCGUGAUGGCUACCAAUGCAAAUGCAAGCAGGGCCAGAAGGGCCGUUACUGCGAACAAGGUGAGGGCACAACAGAGCCCGCAUCAAUAACUGUGACCUCCACUUGCCGAAAGGAACAGGUACGAGAAUAUUAUACCGAAAAUGAUUGUCGCUCACGACAGCCCCUCAAAUAUGCGAAAUGUGUGGGCGGUUGCGGAAAUCAGUGCUGCGCAGCGAAAAUUGUACGGAGACGAAAGGUCCGUAUGGUGUGCAGCAAUAAUCGCAAAUAUAUAAAGAAUUUAGAUAUCGUGCGUAAAUGUGGAUGUACAAAGAAAUGCUACUGACUGGAAGAUGCGACUACCCAAAUGCACAAAGUUAGCUUAGAUUUAAAUUUAGGACAACAUAGUAAUAACAAUAAUUAUAAUAAUAGUAACAGUAAUUUAAGUAAUAGCUCUAGUUAUAGCAACGAUAAUGAAUGUAUAUUUAACUGUAGCAACACAAAAGAUUUACUAAUACCUAACAAUAAUAAUAACAACACUAAAAUGGGAAGACAAAUGAUGGCCGCUCAAGAGAAAAAGACUGCGGAUGAAAUGGUAGAAGAUGUGCGGAGCGCAAAUAUUACAAAUAGUGGGGUGAAAAUGGGGCCAGUGAAGUCACACAAUCGGGACGACAUCAUGUACAAUGCGGAGGAAGAAUUAAGGCAAACAGGAGGAGGAUUGAGGGCAACAGGUGGCAUAUUGGUGGAUGAAAGUGCUAGUUACGAGACUGAUGAAUGUAGCACAGAAGAAACAGAGCGUAUGCAGUUGAAUCCCAGCGGUAAUGAUGAUGACUGGGACGACGAAUAUGAUGAUGGUGAUGAAGAUGAAGAGGAUGAGGGUGAGGAAAUGGAUGAUGCAGAUGCAGCCUAUGGUGAUGAAGACGAUGAAGACUUUGUAGAAGAGGCGCACUCAGUUAGUGCGCCAGCACAAGCACAAGACACCGGAUACGAAGCGCUGCCUGAAGCCAAGGGUCUUAUACAGUCACUGGUGGGCGAUGAAAAUGAGUCUGUGAAAAAUAUGCCGGACGUAUUGAAGGCGAAAAGCCUUUCGCACACUGUUGGCCAUACGGCCAUGGUAGAUGAGGAGGAAGAAGAUAUGGGCUUUGACGAGGAUGACGAACGCAUUGCUAUAAUCGUGGAGAAGCAACGUGGCAAUGUAAACGACAACGACAAAGGCUUCAUGAACGAGGAGGGUAGCGGCGCUGGUAGCGCUAAGAGACGAACAGACGCAAAUAGGUACAAAAAUAAUAGAUUUAGGUUAGAUUACCUAGAGAAAUAUCGUAGAAAACAGCAGAAGCUGCAAUUUGAACAUACGAAUAGGGGCGUAGCCGAUUCGCGGGAAGGCAGCGGCAAUUUUGCCAACGAUGAUGAUGAUGACGAUGAUGAUGAUAGCGAUGAUGAUGAUGGUGAAGAUGAUGACGUUGACGAUGAUGAGGCCAUCAACGUCGGUGCUGCUGACGACGCUAACGAUGACGCCGACCGCCAAGAAGGUGAUGGUUAUUUUAAUUCGAAGCAUACCAAAUCGAGCAAUCGAUAUUUCCGCAAGAAUACGAAUGACGCAAUUAAAAUAAUCUCAACGCCGCUGGGCAAGGUCGGCAUUGUGUAUCAGCAGACGCCGACAAAUGAGGAUGGCAACAACAAUGCCAACAACAAGAAACAGGACUCGCUUGGCGACAAGAAAACAAGUUCAUUUACGGACUUUGAUGCACUGUCGCCAGAUCCUGAGAGUAGUCAUCGCUUAGCAUCAUCUCAUCCGAAAAUUACGCCAGUCUUGACACCCGAUGGCAAGGUUGCACUGCUUUAUCGCGGCGACUCGGAGAAUUCCAAAUACGAACCGAUACGCAAUUUAACGCAUAAAUUUAAUAAUAAAAACGACUUUACGGACAAUAAAGCAACCGCUAGUGGUACAAUUAGUAAAGAAACGCCUGAUUUUCCAAACAACGAUGGCAGCGAAGACGAGUCUUCAGAUGAGUCAGAAGACGAUUACGAUCUCGACAAUGAAAGCAACAAUGAUCGAUUGUCAACGAAUACGCGUAAAAACAACGCAACCCCCACAGAUGAAACACAGAAAGCCGCCAUACAAAAUCCCGACACUGAUCCCGAUGAUCCUACCGCUGGUGGCGGUUCAUUCAUCAUACGCCCCACCGACUCUGUCUUGCCCAUGAUUAAUCGCCCACUCUCUGAGGUGCUCGGCAUCAAGAAAAAUCAAUUCAAACAAUUCCGCAUCAAAGAUAAUCCCACAACACCACCAAACGGCGAAUCAGCUGGUGAUCCACGAUCCCUAGCUGGUACCUCCAUCGACCGCACAAUCGAUACAACGACACUACACUUCCUUACUAAAGUCAAUUUAGCCGAAUAUCCGACAUCGAUGAAAACUCGUAAUUUCGAUUUCGAUUUUAGUCGCGACAACACAAUGCUGGACGAACGUUCACGCCACAAAGAACACCAAUACCAUCAACAACAGCAAGCGUCUGCUGGGAGCGGUAGCAGCAAUCAACUAAAUGGAGGAGAGGCAGGCAAUAACAACAACAAACUGAACACAAUUGCUAAUGAAGAGGUGCUUGCCAAAACAGAGGUAGUAAAUUUGGCAAUCAUUCCACAUUUCGAUGAGGAGCUCGAGCGGCUGCAACGUUUACACGAAAACGAGGGACGUAGGCAUUACCGGCAACGCUACCGACAGAAACCGAGCGAAGAGGAGCUGUCUGGUAUACAUUGCAUCAUGCAGGCCAUGAUGGGCAUAGCGGCGAUUUCGACGGUGUUCGGCAUGUUGGGUACAUUCUUCAAGCAACGAAUACUCGAUCAAAUUCGCCUUAUGCAUUGGUAGUACAGCAAGGGUAUUCGAUUGUACGGCGAAUUAGUGAGAAUGUCGGCAAUUACAAUUGAAUACCCCAGUUCACCCGCACAACAACAUUAUCAUCAUCAUCAUCAUCACCACGAUCAACCACAAGACGAAUACAACAACACAAACACUAACAAGAACAUCGCAGCUAUUAAAGCCAUACUUUUUUGUAAAUCUAUUUUCCUGAACCCAAACAAAUACAUAGCAAUAAUGAAGAAGCUUUUAAUACUAUUUACAAUAUAAAUACAUACAUACAUACAUACAUAUGUACAUGAAUACGAAAUUUACACUAAGCAACAACUAUGCAACGCUAAAACAAACGAUCAUACGCUGUUGACAAUUUUCAAGUUUAAUUGCAAAAAAAUGCAAAUUCAUAUUGCAAAGGAAAAAAAGUCUUAAAAUUUUAAACACUUACAAUAUUUAAAAUAAAUUUUGCAGAAAUUUACAUUUUGUUAGGGAAAAGUAGAAAUUCUUACAAUGAGUAGAAUGCUUUACAGUAGGCAUUUGUAGUCAACAAGUGUCUUCUUUUAAGAGUAGCCUCGUAACCUAACCAUGUUUUUGCUUUUUUUUGCACAACUAACAAAAUGGUUUUCUUUUGAAAGUACUGGUUAUCUAUUAAUUAUUCCUUAUUAUUAAUUUUGAAUUCAAAAUGCGCCUAACCUAUAAAAAAUUCAAUAGUUAACUGGUUCACACCCAAGGCGCAUUUUUUAAAGGUGGUGGCACUAGACCAGCUACAAUGUUUUGUGCGUUUGAUUGUCACGGCAAAGUAUUGGAAAAAGUAAAAAAUAAAAAAAUUAAUUCGCUAUGGACACAGCGAGAGAAAAAUAACAAAUCAGCUGACACCACCUUUAAUAGAUUCGCCUUGAUCAAACCCCAAUACAAACUUUUGUAGUGUGAACUAAAAAAUAUUUCAUACAUUUUUUUCACACUCUGCAUCGAUUGAGAUUUCCAUUCUCUUCUUUUAUUUUUUAUCGCAUACCUAAAUUUUGUGUCUACAGAGUUGAGUUACUGCAUUGGUAUUUUGUUGCUCAGAGCACGCUUUAUUUAAGAAGAAAAAGAAAAAAUAUAAAGAAACGGAAGUGCGGAAAAUUGCAUGUUGAAGUAUGAAGACAAAAUAAAAUGUUGAAUUAAUCUAAAUGAAUUAUAGAUGACGCAAAGACUCGCAUACAAAAUUUCUUCGUACUGUUGCAUUGUCCAACAUAUUUUAGUUUAGGUUAUUUUUUUUCUUUGCGAAAUAGUACUUGAUACUUUUUUUUACUUUAUAAAAUAUUUCAGAAAUUUUAAAAAAUUCUUCCAUACGCAGGCAUUCAAAACUAUCUUUUAACGAAAAUCAAACCUUUUUUAUUCAAUUUAAUUUAAUUUAUUUUAUUAUUUAAUUUAAAUCAAUUUAUUUGCUUCAACAUUGUGCUCGAUGAAUAUUUUUUCAUAUUUUUACGAAAUAUGGUAUUUAAAAAAAAAUUUAAAAGAUUUUCACGCACUUAUUUCAUUUUAGCACAUUUAUUUUUGCUUAUGCUUAUGUAUAUGAAUAUAGAAAUAUAAUUUUUUUUGUUGUCUUUUUUACAAAAAAAUGUAUUCUAUAUAUAUUUUUUUUUCGUAGAACAAACCUUUUCUAUUAUUAUUAUAUAUGCGUAAAAAUUAACAGUAUUAAUUAAUUUUAAUCCAUUUAUGGACUUCAAAGUCAGCUCGUUCAAUUUUUCGGGAUUUUUCACAAUUAAGUCUCCACUAGUGCCAGCGUUGCUUUUUCGUUUUGUAAAUAAAACUAUUUGAGUUGACAUGUUUUGAAAUUAAACUUGAAUUUUAGAAAUACGCACAUAACCGAGAAAAAUACUAUUUGACCAGCUUAAAAAAUUGAACACGCCCACAUCUGCGUACACGUACAUAUGUAACUAAUAAUCUAAAAACGAUUUGUACACAAACUAACACUCGUAUGCUUUAUACAUGCAUGCUUACAUACUCGUAAUCAUAUUCAUAUAUACCAACAUUCAUACAUACAUACAUACGUAUUCAUAUAUGACCCUUUUUAAAUGUGCGUACACGUACUUUUAUGACAUACUAUGUAUUGUAUAUGUGUUUUCUCCCCUUUAAGCGUAAGAUGGAAAAAUGUAUGUAUACUAUUUACUACCACUACUACUACUAUUGUACUGCUACUACUACAUACACACAUACGCAUACUAAUACUAAAACAAAAAGCAAAUAUUAAAUACUUCCCCUAACUCAUAUUAAUGGAUUCGUGCAAGCUACCCAGAUGAAGAAAACCAAUGAUGCGCCAAGUAUGCUGCGCAAGCGUGCCAGCACACGAACGGAAGUGGCUGUUUGAAGUUAUAAAUAUUAAAUAGAGGAAGGAAAAGUGCAUUCAAACCGCCAUAUGCGAAGCGUUUCAUCCGCGAGCAAAGAAAAGAGAAGAAAGUGCGCACAAGCAUGAAAGUAGAAGAAAUGUGGUCACCAAAGAUGUUUUUGAAGAUUUGUUUAUCUUCACUUUUUUCAUACUUCGCCUACAAAUUUAUCACACACAGAAAUUUUAUCUUUCACUACUCAACGAUAAGGCAACAAAAAACUAUAGCUGUCCCCCGACCGAGUAUUUCGCCAGCGCGCCAAUCCAACCUAACUAACUAAAGCUCUCCCCCAACCUACUAAAUGCCUAAAAAACUACAAGAAAAAAAAUUUAAAAGUGUCGACUAAAAAUUUGCAUACAAUGGCAUCAUUCUACCACUCCCCACGCAAAUUCGAACGUUUUUCAAUGCAGCCUACAUCACUUUUGCCUCACAUCCCAGACAAAUACCACCACUACAUUUUAUUAAACUUAAUUUUUUCUGUGCAAAAUAUUUUAAAUAUUUUUAUACGAACAUUCAAAAAGCAAAAGAAAAAACAAAGUUAGAUCACAAAAGCCAACAGUUGAAAUCACGCCAACAAGAAAAUUGGCUUAAAUUAAACAAAUUUUGCAGACGCCAAUGCAGCAUUAUUGAAGAAAAAUUCGGAUGUGAAGAUUAAGAAAUAUUAAAUAAAUAAAUACAAUUAGUAAAGAAAUUGAUCAGAAAAAAGGAUAAAGUUGAAAAAUAGUUGCAAUAUAAAUUUUUUUUAAAAGCACAAUUAAUUGAAGUUGAAAGUGGCUUUUAAAAUAAAUUAAAUAAGAGAAAGUUGAAAAAAUUAGCCCUUAAGCAGCAGAAAAAAUAUUUAUUUAAAUUAAUUACAAAUAAGACGAAGGAGAAGAAACAGAAGAAGAAGCAUGCUGCAAGCAAAGUGAUUGCAAUUUUUUCUGCAGCACAAACAAAUAACGAAUUUUCAAAAAUUAAAAUGCAUCUAAAAUAAAUUAAAACAACAAUAAGUAAUACAAAGCAUGCAAAAAUGCAUUGAAACAACUAUAGUUUAAGCUUAAACUUAACACCUUAACAUCUAAGCUGGGUAGUCGCAUGUAAAUCUAAAACUACAAAAAACCUUAACCCUUAGUAAUUAGCCUAACUUACGUAUAGUAUUAGUUGUAAUGCAAUAAUGAAAGGAUUAAAAAGUAAUAAUUAAUGUUUAAAAGCAAAAAAUAAAGAGAAAAUUUAAAAAUCCCUAAAUUAAAAAAAGAAUUAAGAUGAUACAAAAAAUGAAAAAUCUUACCACGCAUUUUUUUUUAUUAAGCGAUAACCAACACUGCAUUUAAGCACCAUAACUAAUACUUGAAAUGCAUUAACGAAUUACAAAUUACAGAAACGAAUAAUUUUUAACUGUUUAACAAAUAUAUUUUAAAACAGUUUAUUAUUUCUAUAUUUAGAAAAUCAUAAAAGUACUAAAUUAUGCAAUUUACAUACUCGAAAAUAUUAUUAUCAUACAUGCAUAUGCACAUACGUAUGUAGUUAUGAAUAAACCUUUUAAUUAAUACCUACAUAAAAAAACAAAUAUUUUGUAAAAAAAGUUGUAUCCUGUUUUUUUUUAUUUAAUUUAAAUUUUUUGUACAUUAUAUUUAACUCAUGCGAGUAUAACAUGAAAAUACUAUAUAUUUAUGUCUUGUAUAUGUAUUGUAAGUGUGUGUCGAGCAUAUGCAAUAUAUGGCAACCGUCACACACACACACGUGCGCGCACACAGCCGUAUAAACAUGUGUUCUAUAUGAUUGUUUUAUAUCCAACAAUAAACUACAUAA